UCUACAAGCUCCCUGAUGAAGAGGAAGCUACCAGGAGACCAGAGCUGCUGCCGUGUGAACACCUACCUCUUCAUGAUGCAAGCGCAAGGCAUCCUGCUGCGAGACAACGUCAGGACGAUCGGGGCCCAGGUGUACGAGCAAGUGGUCCGCAGCGCCUACGCCAAGAGGAACAGCAGCGUGAAUGACUCAGAUUAUCCUCUGGACUUGAACCACAGCGAAACCUUCCUGCAAACCACCACGUUUCUUCCCGAGGACUUCACCUACUUUGCAAACCACACCUGCCCCGAGAGGCUCCCUUCCAUGAAGGGCCCGAUAGACAUCAACAUGAGUGAAAUCGGGAUGGACGCCAUCCACGAGAUCUUCUCCAGAGACCCGGCCAUCAAGCUCGGGGGCCACUGGAAGCCGUCUGACUGCAUGCCUCGGUGGAAGGUGGCGAUCCUCAUCCCCUUCCGGAACCGCCACGAGCACCUCCCCGUCCUGCUCCGACACCUCAUCCCCAUGCUUCAACGCCAGCGCCUGCAGUUUGCAUUUUACGUGGUCGAGCAAGUUGGCACCCAGCCCUUUAACCGAGCCAUGCUUUUCAACGUCGGGUUUCAAGAAGCAAUGAAGGACAUGGACUGGGACUGUCUGAUUUUUCACGACGUGGAUCACAUACCAGAGAGCGACCGCAACUACUACGGAUGCGGCCAGAUGCCGAGGCACUUUGCGACCAAACUGGAUAAGUACAUGUACCUGCUUCCUUACACCGAGUUUUUUGGCGGAGUGAGUGGCUUAACAGUGGACCAGUUCCGGAAAAUCAACGGCUUCCCCAACGCGUUCUGGGGCUGGGGUGGAGAGGACGACGACCUCUGGAACAGGGUACAGAACGCAGGCUACUCCGUGAGCCGGCCGGAAGGGGACACGGGCAAGUACAAGUCCAUUCCACACCACCACCGCGGAGAAGUCCAGUUUCUGGGAAGGUACGCGCUGCUGAGGAAGUCCAAAGAGCGGCAGGGGCUGGACGGCCUCAACAACCUGAACUACUUUGCAAACGUCACGUACGACGCCUUGUACAAGAACAUAACCGUCAACUUGACACCCGAGCUGGCUCAGGUGAACGAGUACUGAGAGGAGGAGACGACACGUUUGCCCCCACCGCCACCGCCGAAGCCGCCUGAUGGCACGUUCCGGGCUCUGCCCAGGAAGAGAGCAGAAGCCGUGCGUCACGCGGGCUCAUGGGGUCCAGGAGAGCGCGUGACCGAGCACACACACAAACGCCUCCCGUGUCCUGACCCGCUGGGACGGGGACCCCUCGUCGGCACCGGCUUCCUGUCCCCGCCCGAUGGACGAUGGGCGUGUGUCCUGCUGCUCCCCGCCCCCACCGGCUCCCCCUGCGUCCUGUCUCAGCCACGGCCUGCAGAGCCCGUGACGACCACGACCGGCGAGCUGCCGGGUCCUGCCCGCCCAGGGACCUUCAGAGCCGCUCGGCCUUGGGAGCAAAGGGGCAGCCCCGCACAGGGCAGGCGCAGGUCAGGAGGGGCUGGCGGAACCCGCACAGCAGCCUCCACGUCUCUGGUCUUCUCUUUGGGUUCAGUUUUUUCUGUUUGUUUGUUUUUUUAAAUUACCUGCUUUGGGUGGGGGUUGAGGGUGGCGGGGAGGGGUCUGGGGAAGAUAAAUAGACAUAAAUAUAUAACAAUCACUUCUUGAAGAAGUGUAAUUGUAAAUAAGCCAUGUAAAAUGCCUUUUUAAAAUUUAAUUUUAUAGCUGGCUCCCAUUGAAAAAGUGAGGAUUUAUACACGAGGUCACGUCUUUGGUUGGCAGAUGCAGGAACUCGGCUGAGACACAGCUGAAGGAUAUCACCUCCCAGACACCGGGCCAGGAGGCAGCGGGGUGGCCCCGGCCCUGGCUGGCUCUGCCCCCGCACGCUCUCACCCCAGCCCCCCACCUGCCACUCCCCCAGGGGCUCGCUACACACAGCCCCGGCUCAGGACUGCGAUUCUGCCCUUCCUCGUGGGGAACUUGGCCAGGGUCUCCCGGGGGCUGUGCCUGGGUCACCAGCUGCUCUUCUCGCACUGGUUUCUGGGGGCGUUCCUUUGUCCCCAUUGUUAACUGCGGAGCAGGUGAACCCAGGAGGAUUCGUCCAGGGAGCAGGUGCCGCCUGUGUGUCGCGGGUCACGUGGGACUCAGGUGAGCCCGAAUCAAAGCUAUUAAAUUAGACCAACAAAGCCCCAGAACACACAGCCCACAGCCCCACCCCCGCCCAGGGCGGGCUUCUGGAAGUCGGAUUCUAAAUUGUGUUUGAAUUUGUGCCUCUGUUUUGCCCUGAGCCAAAGCCCUUAAAAUCGUAGUCCCCGAGGAACUGCAGAAUUUUGGGACGUGCCAGUCUCCCUCCCCUGUGAAGCGUGUGUAGAUUUUAUGAUCCGGAGCGGUUUCUCAAGAGGACUGCCUAUUUUUUUUAAUUGCCUUGUUUGCCUUCAACUUCCUUACUUUUCAUGGUUUACAUAGGUGUGUGUGCAGGGCUCCUGUGCGUGUGUGUGUGUGUGUGUGUGCGUGUGGGUUGGGGUUUUCUCCGUUGCAUGUGUCGGGACCGUGGACAUAUGAUCCCCACACGCUGUGGGAGUGAUUGGCCAGGCCUUGGUUUUGUUUUCGCUCACGUUCUCGUUCUUGUGAAGAGUAGAGUGGCGUUUAGGAAAUGAACUGCUCUGUAACGCUCUUACCGGCUCGGAUGAGAGAGCAGGCGCCUGCCCUUGAGCGCGCUGGUAAGUCGGAGCCCACGUUGAACAGCGGCUGAGGCACUUCAGGCUUUGAAGCCCUGGCAAGGGGACAUGACGCGCGCAAGUCCAGUCGCCGUUCCUGUCUUAGGUGCACAGAGCAGUAAAGGCCCCGCCCCCGCCCUGUGCCAGCCUUGGUGCGCCCUGUCCUGCUCACUCACCGCUUGGGCCGCUGAUGGCCACGAGUCGCUCGCAGCCGGGUCACUGGGAAGGAUCAGCCCGCACAGCCCCAGUCUGGUCUGGGCUGCUGUGUGUGUGAAUGUGUCUGUGUGUGUGUCUGUGUGUGUGCACAUGCAUGUUUAUGUGUGUGCUUGCACGCGUGUGCAUAUGUGCACGCACAUGCCUGCACUUUGCACACGUGUGUGAAUGUGUGAGUGUAUGUGUGCAUGAAUGCAUUGUGCACUUGUAUGUGUGUGCGUGUGUGAAUAUGCACAUGUGUGUGUGUGUGUGUGUGUGUGUAGAGCAGGGUCUUCCAGAGUGACCUCGUCUGGAGCUCCGUGGCAGCACAGCCCCCACGGCGUACAAGCCACGCUGGUGUGAGGGUGGCAGGCGGGGCCCCGUUGGCUUUGCCGGGGUGGCGUGUCUCUGUGUGCCCCGUGAGUCCUGUGUCCCCACGCUGAAUGCUGCGUGGGUCGUGGGAGGGAAGGGCACGCAGCCAGGCACUGUGUGCUGCCCGGAGCCCGCACUUCUCACCCGAAAAAGCAGCAGCCCCUCAAGGCUACCGCUGGGCGGCCCUGGUCAGUCUGGUUGCUGUGUGCGGGGAGGGGCUCCCCCUCGCAGGCCGGCAGGUCUCUGUCGGGCGGGGGGAGCAGCCGAGCCGAGCGCCCCCGUCGCUGCGUUGUUCUGAGCUUGCUCUCGCGUUUUAAGAGGUGCCAGGGGUACAUUUUUGCACUGAAAUCUAAAGAUGUUUUAAAAAAAAAAAACACUUUUCACAAAAAUAGUCCUUUGUCAUUACAUUUAUUUACCCAUGUGUUUGUACAUUUUUGUAUGUUAAUUUAUGAAUGAUUUUUUCAGUAAAAAAUACAUACUCAAGAACCAA